AUGAGGCGUGCAGAUGUUGGGAGAGGGCGGGCGCAGCCGCGGGGAUGCCACUUCCCGUCCAGCCAUCUUAGGCGUUGUGUCUUCUCUGGAGAGAGCCCCGCAGGUUGUCCCCCCGGUGUCUGUGUGUCAUCCACUGAUUGCAGGAGCCGCCGGAGAACACCAGGACACCCGGUGACUGGAAAGGAGUCAGUAACCUUUGAGGAUGUGGCUGUGAACUUCUCUCUGGAGGAGUGGGCUAUGCUGAAUCCAUCCCAGAAGAACCUCUACAAAGAUGUGAUGCAGGAAACUUUGAGGAACCUAGCCUCUAUAGGAAGCAGUUUGGAGCACCAUAUCAUUGAAAAUAUAUACCGAAAUUCCUGGAGGAAACUAAGUGGUCAAGUGGUGGAGGGACUUUAUGACUAUAAAGACGACCAUCAGUGCACAGAAAUCUUUGACUUCACUACACAUAGUAUUGUAAACCAGAACCCUUUUCCAGGAGUACAUAUAUGUGAAAACAGUGGAUGUGCCAGAGUAGUCAUUGGCCAUUUGUCUCUAAGCGUGCUCCUUAAACCUGACACAGAGCAUGAAUCCUAUGAAGAUCGGGAAUAUGGAAAAGAAUCGUACAACAGUAUGGAAUUUGGGGCUACCUCCAGUUCUCUCCCGUCCUUUGAGCACUAUGGAAGUACUUACACUCUAGAGAGACUGUAUAAAAGUGAGAAUUGUAAUGAAGACUAUAGGUUUGGUCAAAAUCUUGAAAAGGCUUUGGCUGAAGAGAAGCCCUUUCAAUGUAAGCAAUGUGGCAAAGGUUUCAGUUCUUCAAGGUACUUCCGAAGGCAUGAGCGACGCCAUCGUGCAAAGAAAUCCUAUAUAUGUAAACAAUGUGGGAAAGCAUUUGCUUUUCCCACCUACCUACAAACACAUGAAAGAAUUCACACUGGGGAGAAGCCCUAUGUGUGUGUGCAGUGUGGGAAAACCUUUGCACAUUCUCGUUCCCUUAAAACCCAUAAAAGAACUCACAGUGUGAGGGACCUCUUUGUAUGCAAUUACUGUGGGAAAACCCUACGUCAUUAUAGUUCUCUUCAAAUUCAUACAAGAAUUCACACUGGAGAGAAACCUUAUGUAUGUAAACCAUGUGGCAAAGCCUUCAUUACUUACCGUUCCUUUCGAAUCCAUGAAAGAAUUCACACUGGAGAAACGCCUUACGAGUGUAAGCAGUGUGGGAACACUUUCAUGCGUUGGAUUCAACUACGAAAACAUGAAAUAAUUCACAGUGGUGUGAAACCCUAUGCUUGUAAGCUGUGUGGGAAAAGUUUUACUUGUUCUGGUUCCCUGAGAACGCACGAAAGAAUUCACACUGGCGAGAGGCCCUAUGUGUGUGACCAGUGUGGGUAUAGCUUUACUCGGUUGAAUUCCCUCUUAAGACAUAAAAUAACCCACACUGGUGAGAAGCCCUAUGUGUGUAAUCAUUGUGGGAAAACUUUUCCUCGUUCUGCUUCUCUUCAAAGACAUGUAAAAAUUCACACUGAGGAGAAACCCUUUGUAUGCAAGCAGUGUGGGGUUGCCUUCGCUACUUCCACUGACCUUCUAGAACAUGAACAAACUCACAUUGAUGAGAAACCUUACAUAUGUGAGCAAUGUGGGAACGCCUUUGUGCUUUGGAGUCAGUUUCAAAAACAUAAAGCACUUCACAGUGUCCCAGUUUCCUAUAUCUGUAAGCAGUGUGGGAAAAGCUUCACUUCUUCCAGGUCAUUGAAGACGCAUGAAAGGAUUCACACUGGGGAGAAGCCCUAUGAGUGUAAGCAGUGUGGCAAAACCUUCCUUUGGUCUUACUCCCUUCAAAGACAUGAAAAAACCCAUAGUGAUGGAAAGCCCCAUGUGUGCAAACAGUGCGGGCAGGCUUUCCCUUAUUACAGUCAUCUUCAAGUGCAUGAAAAAAUACACAUUGAUGAUGAGCCUUACAAUUGUAAGUACUGUGGGAAACCCUUCUUCACCUUGAACCAUUUGCAUAGACAUGAAGUACUUCACACUACCCUGGAUUCCAGUGUUUUUUAAUAAUAAAGAAAAAAAUGGCUUGGUAGCUUUGAAAGAAAUAAGCAAAACCACACUGGUGGGGGGAAUACUGGAUUUGUGCUAGCAAUUCAGAAAAACCUUUUGUUUUGUUUCAUUGAAACAAGCAUGAAGCGCCACAAUGGAGAGAAACGUUUUUUCAAAAAUCAAUGUGCAAAUGGCUUUUUGUGCUUCAAGUUCCUUGAAGUACAUGAAAGAGCAACAGGCCUGUGACUGCAAGUGAUGCAGUGAAGCCUUCUGAAAUCCCAGAUCAUGGAGGAUACAUGAGAAAGAGCACUCUAAAGAAACUUUUUACUUGUAUAUGUGGUGUUGUAAAUAACCCUUCACUUCUUCCCCAUUCCCCCGGAACACAUGGAAGGAGUCACUCUGGAGAGAAACCCUUCACAUAUAAGCAAUCGUGGAUAGUCUUCAGUUAUCAUCACUUCCUCUCACAGACAUGAAAGAACCUACUGUAAAGAAAUCUUAGAAAUAGGACUUGUGAACUCUUCAUUGUCAUCCUGAUAGCACUCACAAGAAUGGACAUGGGGAGAAUUCAUAUCAAUGGAGAACCGAUAUGAACACCACUUGGUUAAAGUAACAGAUAAGGAAAGAACCUGAUAUGAAGUGCUGAUUUGCUUGAAAGAGAUUUCAUUUGGCACACAUGGAAACACACACCAGAUGAAAACCUUUGCUGUUGAAAAACAUUAGGAAGUCUAGAGCAGUAGUGACUAUAGGAAAAGUCCCUUGAGAUCUUUUCAUGUUUAAUCUGAUGUCAGAGUUAUGAAGGACUGGACAUACUAGGGUUUUGUUUUGUUUUGUUUUUUUGUUUUCUUUCUUGUAGCAUGCUCCAGGAAAUGCAUACUCUGAAGAGAAUGUUAUCAGUACAGGAUUUUGUAUUUAUUGGGAAAUUUCAGAGGCACAUAGGGGUGGCUUAGCCUUUGAGAGCAUUUGCUGCUCUUCCAAAGGACCUGCACUUGUUUUUCGUUACCAGAUCACAGGGCUGGCGACUGCAUGUGACUCCCGUUCCAGGCGAUCCAGUUCUUCUCACACACCUGACAUAGAUUCACAUAAGAGUAAAAUUUAAGUUUUUCUCAACCUCCCCUCCCCCAGGAAAGCUAUUGCUGUGUAUCCCAGGUUUAUCUGGAACUGGUAAUCUUCCAACUUCUAACUCUUGAAUGUUUAAUGAAAGGUGUCUGCAUCCAUAUUCACCAUCAUUAACUCCUGUUUCAGAGUUCAUCUCUUGACUGGUUUCUAAAUUUUAAAAGUAAGCCUAGAGCAAGGGCAUUGUGUAAUAUGGAUUGCAGCUUAAACCUAGGAACUGGAGACCAGUAAGACCUACAUAUGAAAAAACUAGAAAGUGGAUUUUAUUAAAUUAUUUUGUGAGGUUUCUUAAAGCAAUCAUUUAUUAGUUUAAUGAGUGGUGUCUUUUUGUAUCAAUUAAGGUAGGUGCUUUUAUUGUAAAUUAUGUUGGAUUUGUUGGUGAAUUGAUACUUGAAAUGUGCCAGUCCUCAUAAAUAUCUUUAAAAAGCAUUUUAGUAUUUAUGUAUGUCUGAGUUUGAGAGAGAAAGACAUAAGAGAGUAGGUUUGUACCAGUGGAAGCCUGAAGACAAUGUAUCUUUUGAGCUAGCAGUACAAAUAUCUGUGACAUGCUUGAUGUGUGUGGUGGAAUCUAAAUCCUAAUCAUCAUGAUAGAGCAGUAAAUACUCUUAACUGCCGAGCCAUCCCUCAUGCCCCUGCAUAAAUGUCUUCUUUUUCAAUCAUGUUUAAUGGGUUAAAAAUAUGACUUUGUGAAUAUCGGAAUAGUGCUAUUAUUUUCAUGUGGCUGAUUUUGAGUAUAGUCUUAUUUUUCAUGAAAAAAAAAAACACUUGAGUGUACAAAUGUGUAUUUCGAACAUUGUUUAUGUGUUGAUGGUAUGGUUUAUGUGUUGGUGGUGUUCACAAGGUGAACAAAGUAAUAUAUUGGGUGUCUUAUUCUGUUGCUAUAUUAUUCCCCCAAGACAGGUCUCACAGAUCCUAGAGCUGAGCAGUCAGCUAGGAAAACCCAGCAUUUCCUGUCUUCACUCCCUGUGGUGCUGGGUGUACAGACACAGUCAUUCCCAGAUUUUUGUUGACAGGGAAUAACGCUCGAGUCCUCAUGAGUGCACAGCAAGUGCUUUUACCUUCUCAGCAACCUUCUCAGGCCUAAACUGCUUUCAAAUUGAUUUUGUCUCUUGUGUUUCUGUUUCUCUGUGAUGUGUUCUCAUAAUCUUUGAGUACUUGUUCUUUCAACUUUGAAGUAUUUUCAAAAUACUUUUAGAAUAGAAAGUUCUAGGAUGUGUUUAGUUUUGUUUUUCCUAUUCAGAAGGUAGGAAUAAGAGUAUUGUAAUCAUAGAUCAGAGCACUUUUCCAAGUUGGCUUAGUUUUUACUUAUUUCAUACAUGUAUACAAUAAAAGACGAUCGUAUGUACCCACUAUUUCUCCUUCCAACUCUCCCUGUAUUCUCCCUAAUGCCCCUCUUUUAUGUCUUUUUAAAUAACCCAUUAGGUCUGGUUAGUCUAUACAUGCAUGGGUAUGGGACCACCCGCUGUAGGAUGGGUGACCUACCAGUAGUUCCAUCUUUGCAAAUGAUUCUCCACACCCCAGCAGCCAUUCACUGCCAGUAGCUUCUCAGUAAGUGGUGGGGCCUGGAGAUAACCUGUCUACCCAUUUAUACUGGGAUUUUUGGCUUGCUUAAUUUUAUAGGUCUUGUGCAUGCAGCCACAGUUGCUAUGAGUUCCUGAUUCUAGUAACCAUGUCAAAAAAAGAAAAAAGCCAGCAUUUCACAGCAAUCCUCCCCAACCUUUAGUUCUUGCCUUCUUGUUGCUUCUUCUUUGGCUUUCCCUGAGCCUUGGCGGUGGUAGUAAUUAAUAGCUGUCUCAUUUAAAGGUGAACAUUCAGUAUGUCUUAGCACUUUGGUCAGCUAUGCAUCUCUCCACUGACAGCUGUUCACUGUAGAAGGAAGCUGCUCUGACCAAAGUUGAGAGUAGCCAGUGUCUGUUGGUGCCAAGAGCUGAGUAGAUGGCAGAAACCUGGGGGGGUGGGGUUGGAGAUGAUGUCAUGCUACAUAGCCUUGGAACUCUAUAUAGGCCAGGCUGUUGUCAACUUGUGUUUAGUUUUGUUUUAUGUCAUGAACUAUUAUCAUAUCUAUGUGAUUAUGGAAUUUCACUGUAUGAAUUUUGUUUUCUUGUAUAUUUCAUUCUCAUUGUAAUUUCUCUAGUAAUUAUACUAAAGGAUAUAUUGGUAUUACUGCCUUCUUGCCAAAAACUAUGUUCAAUAAAUUCUACUAACUCUCUCCAUACAUGACAAGUGAGUGGCUCAUCUGUAAAAGCAUUCUCCAUAGAGUUUCUGACAGGACUGGUGUUUUAUUUUGGGGGUCUUACAAGGAUUGAUUCUGUAGUUAGAUGUCCCCCAAUUUGGAUGCACUGGGGGGCAAAUGUAAUUCUGCUCUUGUAAUCACAGUAGUAGUUACCCAGAAGAUAAAGGGGGAUGCAAUUCAUGUGCUAGCCAGUCCAUCAGAGAGUAGAAGGUACUUUGAUGAUUCAGAAUGUUUUACGGUUUUUCAGCUUACAGAUGUUCUUAUGGAGUGCCCUUCUGUUAUAGUCAUUAAGGAACAUUUCUCAUUGGUGGAGACUUGCAGCAUGUCCUUCAGUGGCAGAAAAUGUGGUCUUGCUGUGUGAGGUGAACUAGUGUUUGGAUUAUUUUUGCAUUUCUUAGUUUCUAUGUAAACACUAAUGUUUAAUCUGAUGGAUGCAGUUAUCCACCUAUAUAGGUUUCCAUGGGAGUACAUUAUGAUAAGCCCAUAGUAAAGUGAAAAAUAUAAGAAAAGCACUUUAUGCUCAACCUGUUGAUCAUCAAACCUUAACCUAGCCUAUACCAACAUUUUUGGGCCCACUUAUAUUUUCCUAAAGUUGGCAAAAGUUUCUUUUUCUUCAUGUUUAAGUUUUUUAAUGUUUUAAAAUUGUUAGUGUGUAUGUUGACAUACUUAAGGUUUUGUCGUGACAUUAUGACCCAGGUUUCCAUGUACUUUAGCCAUAAGCACUGUCCCUUGUUCCCUUCCUUCUCCCCAGUGGUCCCAUUCUCCCUAAUAAACUCACUUACAGUUUCAUCUUUCUUGUUCAUUAAAAAUCUGGAUCCUGUUUUGUAUCCAGGGAGCACCAUUUGGGGCUGAGUAACCAUUUAUGUGAUGGUUCUUAGUUCCAUCCAUUGUCUGUCAAGUUUCCUGUUAAGUUCUCGGUGAGCUAGUACAGUCUACAUUUUAUGUAUGCCACAUUUUAAAAUUUUUAGUUUAUCUAUUGAUGGGCACUUUGGCUGAUUCUGUAAUUGAGUACUAUGAGUAGUAGUGUAUGAACGAGUAUACAAACAUGCAUGGUAUGAUUUGACUUAGAUCCCUUUUGCUACACAUUAAACAGUAGCAAAGUAGGACCAUAAAAUAGUUAUAUUUGGAGUUCUUGAUGAAAUACUACUAUUUUCCAGAGUGACCAUGCUAAGGUGCAUUUCCAGCCCUACAGUCUCAACAGCUUGUGUUUUAGUUUGGUUCCUUGAUAGCUAAUCACAUUGAGGUGAGCGUAAUUGUAUUGAGAAUUUUCAUGAUUUAUUGGCUAUUUGUACGUUGUUUGAGAACUGAUUGUUUCCCCAUGUAUAGAUUCGGUCACGUGUUGGUUUGUAGUGUGUGUGUGGGGGUGGCGUGUGGUGUGUUUUCUGUACAUUAAUCCCUUGAAAGAUGAAUGAGUAUCCAAAGAUAUUUUCCCCCAUUCUGUAGAUUUCUCUGACAGUUGUUUCCAUUUUCUGUGUAAAAGUUCUUUAGCUUCUUGCAGUGACUAAAUCCCAUUUAUACCCUGGGGUUUUUUGUUUGUGUGUCUUUAACAUUGCUUCUUGCUAUGGAGACCUGACUGGUCUGGAGCUUGCUGCCCACGCCAGGUUGGCAUCUAAUUUACAGCAGUCUUCCUGCCUCUGGUUCCUGGGCGUUAACAUUGUAAUCAUGGGCCUUUAAGGCCCAUUUCCUAUUUGCCAUUCUUCCUGUAAAUUAUUAGAUUCAGAAUGCCAUUAUCUGUGCCCCUAGCUUCAUGUAUUCUUUAGAUUUUCCUCUAUGAAUUUCAGAUUUUUUAGACCUAUGUUAAGGUCUUUGGUUCAGUUUGAGUGGCUUUUGUACAGAAUAAUAGAGGGAUUUAGGGAUGUUCUUGUAUAUAUGGUUCUGUUUUCCUUGUUGAAGAGGCCAUUCAUUAUACUGUACAUGGUUUGGAUGCCUUUGCUGAAGUCAGAAGGCUGUGGCUACCUGGUUGUUCUGGGACUGAGCUCUUCCAUUGCUCUAUGUGUCUGUUUUUAAGUUACGCUGUUUCACUAUGGUUUUAUAGCAUAAUUAGCUGAGUGUUGUGAUAACUCUAGCUAACAUUGCUCUUUUUGCUCAUUGUUGCUUUGACUAUUUGGGGUAUUUUGGCUUUCUUACAAUUAUAGGAUUGUGUUUUGUAUUAUUGUAAAUAAUGGCAUUGGAGCUUUGAUGACGAUGAAGAACACUUUACACUUUUUCAUAUAAUAACGGUGCUGAUUUGUGAGCAUAGGAGUGUUUUCCGUUUUCCAGAGCCUUCAGUUCUUCAGUGUUUUUAAAUUGUCAUUAUAUUUUCCUUUCACUGGCUUGACUACCUAUAUUCAUAGGUGAAUUUGACUUUUUGUCUUGUAACUUGUUUCCUUGGCUUUUGGAAGAUGAUUUUUUUCUUGAUUAUUUUAUCACCAUUUCCAUUGUCAUAUAAACGGUUACUGAUUUUUCUAUGCUGACUUUAUUGUACUAGUUUGCUGAAGUAAUGAUCAGAUGCAGAGUCUUUUGGUGUGGCGUUUUGGGCUAGAGAGAUGACUCAGCAGUUAAGAGCCCUGGCUCAUCUUGUAGAGGCUGGGGGCCUGCACCUACAUGGUAGCUUACAAUUGUAACUCCAGUUCCAUGGAACCCAGCUCCCUUUUCUAGUCUCUGGGCACUAGACGCACAUGGUAUACAGACAUGCAUGCAGGCAAAGCACCCAUGCAGUAUAAUAAUAGUUUUUUAGAAGAUGAUCAUAUUGUCUGCAAAUAAGAGAUUUGACUUCAUUUCACUUCCUUUUUUCUUUCCUCAUGUUCAGGGUGAACUGAGGAGCUUGUGAGUGGCAGGCAGGUGCUGGACCACUGAUGGAUGGAUCCCUUUCCUUUCUUUUCUCUUACUUCUCCAGUUGAGAAUUCAAGAGAUGCAUAUAGCAGUAUAGAGAAGGUGGACUCCUUUGUGUUAUUCCUGAUUGGUAAAAUUGUCUUAGUUUUCCUGUCUGGUAUAAUCUUGGCUGUAGUUUUGGCAUUUUUAACUUGUUACAGUGACUUGUGUUCCUUUUCAGAGUUUCUUCAGGACUUUAUUAUCAAGGAACAUAGAACUUUGGACAAAGUCCACUGCUCCAUAUAUUGAGGUGAUCAGGGAAUUUCAGUCCUUGAACAUCAAUGUUUUCUAUUACAUUUAUUGAUUUCUAUCUGUGGAAACAUGCUUAUAUAUGAGAAAUGAAAUCACCCUGAUCAUAGCUUGUGGUAUUUUUAAUACAUUGAGUUUGUUUUAAAAUAUAAUUUUGUGUUGUGUGUGGGGGUGUUUUGUUUUGUCGUUUGGUUGGGUUUUUUGGUCUGUUUUCAUCAAGGGAAUUUGUGUGUGUGUGUGUGUGUGUGUUUCUGUAUUGUUGAGUUCUUCAUGGUUUUGCUAUCAGGGUAAUACUACCUUCCAAGAAUAAAGUAGUGUUUCUCCCCCUUAUGUUUGGUGAAAUAGUUUAGGAAGCUUGGUUGAAUUCAGUAGUGAAUUCAUCAAGUCCUAAGCUUUCCUUUUGGGGACAAAAUUCAUUUCUAGCUUAGUUAUGUUGUCCUUUUACAUUGCUCACAUUCCCUUGAUUUAUUUUUCUUCAUCAGUUCAUUUUAUUUUGCUAUUGAUUGAAAAUUAUAUACAUGCAUAUAAUGCAUUUUGAUCAAGCCUACCUACCUUCCUUUCCUUCUAAUUCUAUUCUUCCAACACUUUUCCCUCUCCAUUUCAUGUGUUCUCUUCUAUUUCUAACCUAUAGAGCUUCCUUAAUGCUGCCAGUGUGUACAUGGGUGCAGGGCCAUUCCUACCGUGGCAUGAAUAGCCUCUCUAAAGAAAACUAAAACUUCAUCUCCAGCAGUCAUCAAUUGCCAGUAGCUACUCAGGAGUGGGGCUUUCUGAACCCCUCCCUCUAUGCUGGGAUUCUUGUCUGGAUUGAUCUUGUGUAUGCAGUUAAUAUGUUCAACUGUACUGUUGUGUCCAGAACACACUGUUUGACUAUAAUAAUCUACUGGCUCUUAGUCUUUCUGCUCCUUCUUCCAUAGUGAUCCCUGGUUCUGAGAGAAGGGAUUUGAUAUAGAUGUCCUGUUUAGGACUGAGCCCUCCAAAAUCUCUUUAUUUUCUGCGUGCUGACUAGUUGUAAGUCUGUUAAUUGCUGUCUACUGCGAAAAACAAAAUCCAGUUUCAUGUUGAAGGUUGAGAUAGAUAAAUGUAUCUAUGAGUGUUAAGAUACCCAAAGGAGUUGGUUUUAGCACGAUGUCAUUUUAACAGAAUAAUAGUAGAUUAGUAGAAAGUUCUCCACAUUAAGGGGCUGGGCAUGAGUUCCAUCUUGUGGAGUGUGUGGAAUGGGCCUUAAGCCUAGUCAAAAAGUUGUUGGUUAUUCCCACAACAUUCAUGCCAUACCCAUGGUCAUAUCUUGUCAGACUGAUGGUCAUUUGUAGAUCAGCGGGUUCUCAGCUGGGUACACUUGCCGUAUAAUCUGUAGCGGCACAGAUUAAGAUGUUAAAUUAAACAUAAUUAAACUAGGUUAAAUAUAUGUUAAUUUUAUUCGGGGAGAAGUCACUUACAUAAGAAACCAAUGACCGGCAAAUUCUAGCUCCAAGGAUCCAGGCUGUUCUCCAUGACCCAACCGGAACCAAGAGAGAGCAAACCUGUCCCAGACCCCAGACCAAAUACCACAAGCCCACAUAUACACCUGUGACCACGCCCAUUUGGUGAGACUAGUUGGAUCUCUCACUACAAUAGUCUUCUCCCCUGGUGGUAGGAACAGCACCUUCCAGUACCAUGAGAGCCAGCCAAUGGGAUGAAGCCUCUAGGUUAGUAUAAACUUGACUUCUUCGUGUUCUGUGACUCAGUAUGCAGUGUCUUUAGUAAUAGGGUCUUACCAUCAAGUUCUAUGUGGUAACCAAGGACAAUAGCAAUAGUUUAUAAUAUUGGGGGCAUCUAUGGGACUUCAUCUCUUCACUUAAAAUUUCAAAAGUAUCUUGAAAUGGUUGUUCUUGAUUUUCCAGUUUAUUGUGAAAGUAUUAAAGUAUCCUCAAAUCGUUAUCUGGAUUUUAUUUACUGUGUAUUAUAAUGUCUCUCUCUUUCCAACUCUAACUUUAUUCAUAUGAAUAAAAUGUAAGAUAAUAAACAAUGAAGUACUUAAAGUUUUGUAAAUAUUAUGACUGCCUGAAAGUUGUGUAGGAAGCAUCUGUAGGGUUGAAUUGUUUUUGUCUUUUUUUUUUUUUUUUUUUUUUUUUUUUUUUUUUUUUUGAGUGACCACCCUUUCUCAGUGUACUUUUUGGUGAUGCAACUGACUUUGAGUCACGCAUACGCCUGUAAGUAACCCCUCAUUCAUACUCCUGUAAGUAAAUCUCAAUAAAAUCAUUGUUCUCCAA